AUGAUCCGCCUCUUACUCGCCCCCGUCUUUUCGCUCGGCAUCUUUCCCGCGCAAGCCCUGGUCAUGGGGAACCGCACCGGUGUAGACGCCAUCAGCACCAAAUGCGUCUCAAAGGAAGCCGCGCACAUCCGCGAUUUCUUGUAUGUCGAAGGCGGCUAUAUUGAGGGCAUCUCGGACAACGUCACCAUCGACCAACUCUACGCUGAAAAGAUAGAGACCAAAAUCACAAAAUUCACCAUAUCACCGGCACGACGUUGGGUUCCGCAGGAACACACCCUCCGCUCCUCGGGCUGCGAGCUCCUGUCCAUGCUCGGCGAGAAAGCCUACGUCGCUUCUCACUCUAUCGCUGCCUGCAUCCUGAUUCUCUUGUUCAAUGACUGCCCGGAGUACAUUACCGGCAACAUCAACCUCAAGGGUACGACUGUACCGUUCUGGUCGUUUGAGAGCCGCUCCGCGACGAACCUCUGGGGUCUCACCAACACGCCCAUCGACUACGACUCGCCCAUUGCCGGCGCGGCCGAGCUCGAGACCGGGGUCACUGGAAACGAUACCCUGGCAUACCGAAGUUGCUACCGUCAGAAGGAAAUCGCGCGCCACUUAUCCAAUGCUGUGAGCGUGCCGUAUUUAAUGGUCACGACUCAAGCCAGCAUUCACGUUACUGGUGUUGUACGGCAGCCCGAUGUCGUUAUCUUUGGACUCAGUGCUUUUGGCCGCGGCUGGGGCGCAAGGAAGAGACCUCUGGGAGUCAGUCCCUUCUACGAGAACGACUACGGUCACGUCGAAACCGGCCACAGGGACCCCGCCUCGGGCGCCGAGCGUCUCGGCGACGCCUUCGAGGCUGCCGUUGCCGAGAUCAAGUUGAAUCCGCCCCUCGGCCAUGGCAGCGGCAAGAUUGAGACCGUAGACGUUCUGAUACCGGGGCUGAACAAGAAUAUCCUCUGA